CAUAACGAAUCGUAGGGUUCAGACUUGAAGGGGAUUCAUCCUCUUUUGCGUGUUUCUUUUCUCCAAACCCUCAAAAUGCUAAGAAGAAAGCCAACCAAAAUCGAAGUCAAAAUCGAAGACAAAGAAGAACUUGAAGAAGCUCGCCGUCGUAACGCCUCCGCUGCAAACACCACCACAACUGGCGCCGCUUCUCUCCUCCGUCAAUUCGAUCGCGCUGAAGAUCCUUCUUCCAAAGCGAAUCGCAUUGGCCUCUCCUCCUAAAAUAUCUCCCAUACGCUCCUUCUCUCAACCCCCUUCCCCAAUGGAAGUAGAAGUCAAGCUUCGUCUCGCAAACGCCGAAUCUCAUCGCCACGUCACCACCUUGCUCUCUCCCUUCCACGUCAUCACCCAUCGCCAACACAAUCUCUUUUUCGACGGCGCCGCUUCCGAACUUUCAUCCCGCCGUGCCGUGCUUCGUCUCCGAUUCUACAACGACGACGAACGUUGUGUUGUUUCGUUAAAAGCAAAAGCGGUUCUUGUCGACGGUGUUAGUCGCGUAGAGGAAGAUGAAGAGGAUUUUGAUCCGAAGGUUGGUCGUGAUUGCGUUGCCGAACCGGGGAAGUUAGGUUUUAUGGAGUCGAGGAUUUUGAGGAGGGUGAAGGACGAAUUUGGGGUGGUGGGUGAAAAUGGGUAUGUGGGUUUGGGUGGUUUUAGGAAUGUGAGGAGUGUGUUUGAUUGGAAAGGUUUGAAAUUGGAAGUGGAUGAGACUGAUUUUGGUUUUGGAACCUUGUAUGAGAUCGAGUGUGAGAGUGCUGAUCCCGACGAAGCUAAACGCAUCCUCGAGGAGUUUUUGAAGGAGAAUGGAAUUGAUUAUUCUUACUCAGUGGUUUCUAAAUUCGCAAUUUUUCGAUCUGGGAAAUUGCCAUAGUGAGUCAAUUUUCUAUUGCUUUUGAAUUGAAUUGAACUGGUUUAUAAGCUAUGCUCUUGUAGUUUAUAAUUUAAGAAUGUACGAUUUACUGUUUGUUGUUUUACACCUACCAUUCAGCUGUUAAGUUACUGUUAAUCUCAUGUUCUUAGUUCUUUGUUUACCAUGAUUGAUCUUUCA